UUUUUAUAAGGCCGUAUCCCCGAGAAUGUCAUACGGUACGGAGUACGAGACACAGACAUUCGACAUCACGUCAAGACACAGAGAAAAUGACCCUAAACGCUCUUCGUCUUCGUUCCACGACAUUCUCGCCGUCUGCCGAGCACGAUCAUCUCUCCCGACAGAAACAAGAACAACACCAUACAUGCAAAGAGAAGGAUAAGACCAAGAGCUACCUGCUCAAAAUCAAAGACCUCCCCCCUUGGGCAGACCCAAACCCUCACAUCCUAACCUCCUACCGCCCCUCCAGUAACAAUGUCCUCAUCUCCCUCGCUAGCAUCUUCUCCCAUCACAACGAAACAGCCAACAUCCACACGCACCUCGUCCCCGCCGUCCUCCUCAUCCUCCUACUAACGCACUCCACCCUCUACACCUACCUGGUCACCAAGUACGGCGACAGACUGACCCCCUUCGACUGGGGCAUCAUCGUCGCGCAGCUACUCACAGCAACAGGCUGCCUCCUCGCCUCGACUUUCUACCACACCCUUCUCAACCACUCGGAAAGAGUAGCCGAAGUAUGGCUGGCAGUCGACUACGUAGGGAUCAUCGCGCUCACGAUGGGUGAUUUCGUGAGCGGGCUGCAUUUCGGGUUUUACUGUUUUCCGCGUAUAAAGUUCUUUUAUUGGGGGCUUAUCACGGUCUUGUCGAUCCUAUCGGGCAUCGUACUGCUGAGCCCCAGGUACAAAAGCGAAGACCACCGUCUGUUUAGGGUGGGCGUGCUCGUCGCGACUGGGCUGUCGGCGUUUGCGCCCAUCGGACACGCGUGGAUAAAUUGGGGAACGGCGUACGUGAUGGGCAUUGGGGUGGGAUGGUAUCUCCUCGAGGGAGCCUGUCUCAUCCUUGGCUGUUGGCUAUGGAUUGUGAGUUUUCCAUUACCCUCUGCUGUUCUACUAUCUUUCUACGUUCGUUCUUCUCGGACGAGCAGAGGACUGAGUGUGUGCAGACGCGGUUCCCAGAAUGCCUCUACCCCGGCCGGUUCGAUUUAUGGGGUGGAUCUCAUGCGCUAUGGCAUGUUUUUGUGGUGUUAUCCAUUGCAGCGCAUGUCGCUGGCUUGCUGAAGGGCGUGGAGUUUAGUUACCACGGGUUGUGUGCUCACUGAUUUGGUGAUAGAUUUGAGGAUGGGGUGUGUUAGCAUGUCUUAUCUUGACCUUCGACCAAAACCAAUUGGCGAGUGGUAGUCUUUUAAUAUCCAACGAUAUGAACAAGAUUGUGCUUCAAAAA